AGAGCGGCGACAUCAUGUCGAUCCCUGGUGCGGAAGACCAAAUCGACCCAGCCACCUUUGAGCAGAUUCUCGAGAUGGACGAGGAUGAGGUCGAGCGCGAGUUCAGCAAAAGCAUCGUCUACGACUUCUUUGGCCAGGCCGACCAGACCUUCAAGAAGAUGGACAAGGAGCUCGAGAAGAAGGAAGGCAAAUACCUCAAGGAGCUUAGCGAGCUAGGUCACUUCCUCAAGGGCUCGUCCGCCACGCUCGGCCUCACCAAAGUCAAGGACUCGUGCGAGAAGAUCCAACACUACGGCCAGCUCAAGGACGACGCAGGCUUAAAGGACAUCACCGAGGAGAAGGCGCAGGAGAACCUGGCCAAGAUUAUCAAGCAGGCCAAGACAGAGUUCACCGACGUCAAGGAGAUUCUGAAGGAGUUCUACCAAGACAAAGGCGACGACGAGGAGGAGGAAGAAGAGCCGCCCGCGAAGGCAAAGGCCUAGGGCGCAAUUUAGCCAGAGCUACGGCGCGAGCAACCAUCUCGCACUCGCCACGCUCAGCUGAAGGAGAUGGCAUCGUAGCAGCCAAGCCUCGGACCGUACGCUCCAACGAGCGACAUUUGACUCCGGCUUCGCGCCCUACAACCACUCCUCAACCUUGACGAACUUUUUUCCUGUGCGACAUGCCUCUCUCACGUUCCUCGGAACGCUUUUUGUGUACAUGUCGUCAUCGGGCCAGCGAGGAAAUUACAGUACUCUACAUAGCCUGUCCUCAAUCUUCUCUAUUCCCGUCUGAUCGCAUUGCAUAGAAUAUGAAUAAAUGUUAACCGUUCCCUAAAUUG